AUGGCCAGCACGGCCGAUGAGCUGCGCCAGCAAUUCAGCUGGCCCAGUGACAUUCUCAGCCUUCUUCUGCUCAUCGGCGGCGACAUUGUGCAAACUGCAAUUGCUCAGCAAACGGGGUUUACGAUACGAGUACCGGGUUCAAAGAUCUUUGUCCCAGUCGCUCCCGUCUGUUUUUCAUUUGGUUGGGUUGCCUAUGGCUUCUCCAGUCUCCUCGCCGCGGUUGGAGAAAUGAGAUUGAUGCCCAAAAAUGAAAUCUCGUCAGUGCUUGUCAACUGCUCGAAUGGUUUUGCCCGGGAAGUCCAGUCAUGGGCCCUUGGCCGACUUCUCCGCGACCAUGAGAUUAGAUGUAGACACGAGUUUUCUCCUGAUGAUGGUGCUCCGCAUACCAGUAUCAGGAUUGACAUUUUUGAAGUCGGGCCCGUGUCGAGGCCUGACCUAGACUUCGUGUGGUGGCUUGGAUGGGCAACACUUCUUGUACAGCUUGGGAUUGCAAUUAUACCCCUGGCUCUGUACAACGACUGGGGAGUCUUGCUUGUUGCCCUCGGCGGCAACGUGCUUGUCGCUCUAACUUGCGCUUCACCUCAGUGGAACGAAGAGAAAUGGGCGGGUCGCCGACUAGAAAAGGAAAAAGUGACAUGUUUAACCCGUGGUAACGGCCAUAGUCAUGUCAUGGUCUUUAUAAGUAGCAAGGGUUCGUGGGACUUGGAAAGCCUCGCCACUGGUAUCGCUGCUUCUCAAAGAGUCGGAAUCCGAUGGAUAACGGUCAUACUGGCAAUGUUGUGGAGUCUUCUACUCAUCAGUGUGUCUGGAUUAAAAGAGCGGACGUGGUUCAUGAUCGGUAUCGGAGCAAUUGGUAUGCUACAGAACAUCUACGCCGCCGGAACGACCAGGCAGCCCGAGACCUCCGAUUUCCACCUGACCCCCUUCGCGCGGGCGCAGAUCAUUGUUGGCCGCCGAGGCCCUUUUGUGGAUGAAACUGACGCCAAUGUGGACUUGGAAGAAGACUGCCAGAAUCUGUCGGACUUGAGUGCAUGGGUAUCGAAUAAUGCAGCACAAGAGAAACAAAAUACCGCGACGUCCCAUCCCAUGCCAAAAUGGUUGGCAUCAAUGUCAAAAGUCGACGGGCUUCCUUCGUGGCUCGAGCCGAUCAAGCCAAUCAGUAUAGAGAGAGCUCAGACAUUGUCAAAGUGGAAAAAGCCUUCUGUAGCUAGCACUAGAGCCCCAGAGAUGAUAUACGCUAUAGGGGUCCAUGGAGCACUAAUUGAGCUUGAAAAGUGGGUACCCACGGCAGGUUUGUCACUUGUCAACAUCUUUUUCCCUGGGGGUUUGGAAUAUUCAGAACAAAACACGCGAAAUAACAUUCACAAAAAGUUCUGGAAAAGAGCAUAUCACACUCUGGAUUUGAGGAAGAAGGCAGAAGAAAAGAGAAGGAGUCCUGAAUUAUGA